AUGAAACAAAUAGUGUAUGUAAACUAUUCGCCAGGAAAUAUUGCAGUGAUGGACGGCACCGACCUGACCCUGACGCAGGUUAAGUCCCAACCGGUGGUGCACUGGCCCGUUGACAGUAACGCCUACUACACACUGGCAAUGAUAGAUCCCGACGCCCCCUGUCGAGCCUUUCCCAUAAUCUCUCAGAUCAAGCACUGGCUGGUCAUCAAUAUCCCGGGCGCUGAUGUUGCAAAUGGUCGAACAUUAGCCGAGUAUUAUACACCGGCACCACCACCUGGAUCAGGGUAUCAUAGAUAUGUGUUUUUGGUGUACAAACAGCCAGCGCUUAUCAACACGACUGAGCCCACAGUUACCAGUAGUUCGAUAACGGGUCGACUAUUCUUUAAAAUAAGGGACUUCGCGAGGGCUCACAAUUUGGGUGAACCCGUAGCCGUCAACUACUUUAAAGCCAAGUUUGAGAACUAG